ACACGUAAGGGACAGGAAACGAAACCAAGAGCCCUGCGUAUCAGCAGUAAGGUCACUCUGAGGCUCUUUUUCCGCCUACUGCAGAGUUGGUUGUGGGACUUCUGCCCUCUGCAGCAGUUAAAGGGCGCCAGAGACAAACGAGUCCCACCAGGCACCCAGGUCAGGGAACUUGGCCUCUCUCCGUCUGCGCGGGAACAGCGGCAGCCACAGACAUGCAAGUGAACGGGCCUCAUCCGGGAACACAUCCUGGGUAUCCCCCUCACAAUCCAUCAGCAGCGUUCCAAGGACCUCCAGGACCUAUUGGAUUCCCAGAGGCUGGAUACCCUGGGCCUCAGGCUGGUUACCCUGUCCCUCCUGCUGGGCCAGCAGGCUUUCCUGUUCUGAAUCAGCCAGGCUAUAAUCAACCAGGUGGGCCUGCAGGGGGACAAUGGAUGCAGGCACCACACCCUCCAUUAAAUUGUCCUCCUGGAUUGGAAUAUUUAACUCAGAUAAAUCAGCUACUGGUUCAUCAGCAAGUCGAAAUUUUAGAAGUCUUAACAGGUUUUGAAACUAAUAACAAAUAUGCAAUUAAGAACAGCCUUGGACAGAGGGUUUACUUUGCGGUGGAAGAUAAUGACUGCUGUACCCGAAAUUGCUGUGGGCCGUCUAGACCUUUUACCAUGAAGAUUCUUGAUAAUAUGGGUCAAGAAGUCAUCGCUCUAGAGAGACCGCUGAGAUGCACCAGCUGUCUUUGCCCUUGCUGCCUUCAGGAGAUAGAAGUCCAAGCUCCUCCUGGUGUACCAGUAGGUUAUGUCACUCAGACCUGGCACCCAUGUCUGCCAAAGUUUACAGUGCAAAAUGAGAAAAGACAGGACGUGCUCAAAAUUUCUGGUCCAUGUGUUGUGUGCAGCUGUUGUGGAGAUGUUGAUUUUGAGAUCACAUCUCUCGAUGAACAAAGUGUGGUUGGCAAAAUUUCCAAGCAGUGGUCUGGGCUUUUGAAAGAGGCAUUUACAGACGCAGAUAACUUUGGGAUCCAGUUCCCUUUAGACCUUGAUGUUAAAAUGAAAGCGGUGAUGCUUGGUGCCUGUUUACUCAUUGACUUCAUGUUUUUCGAAAGUACUGGGAACCAGGAACAACAAUCAGGAGUGUGGCAGUAGCUUGCUGAAAGUCCACAGAACUUCUCCGUCCACAGAUGGCUCGGGGCACUAUAUAAGGAAAAAGAAAUGUGUUUUGUUUUGUUUUGUUUUUGAGAUUGCACCUGUCUAAAUUAAGCUCUGCUUGUCUUUAUGUCUAGUUGUAGUUGUAUGAUUCUUCUUUAUAAAUUACAGAGUUUAUUUUCUGUAUCACUGAUUUAUAAAUAUUUUUUAUGCAUUUUGAAUAAUCAUUGAGAAUUUGGGAGAAGGGAUAUAGGA